AUGUAUGGUGAACUAGCUCCUAAAAUGUUUGAUUGCGAUUGUUCUAAAAAUUAUUGCCUCGGUUGCAUCAUUUCAUGGAUGAUAGAGACUGCUAAAAACUAAAUGCUUUUGCCUACAAUCAAUGUUAGAUGUCCAAAUCAGAAAUGCCCUAAGACAACUAGUUUCAAUGACUUGAUGGAGAAAAUUUUGGCUAUAGAGGAUGAAAGGAAUUAUUAAUUUGAGGGUUUAGCCAAAAUAUCUCUCAAGCACUACUUGAUAAACAAUGAAGAAAUGAGAUAAUGCCCUGCUCCAGAUUGUGAAUAUAGUGGUUUUAUUACAUCUGGCUACUGCAGCGACAAAGUUUAAUGUAAGAAAUGCGGUUUAACUUGGAGAGAUCCUGAAAAUUAUUCCUUAUCAGAAAAAGCCAGGCAAGUGAUUCGAGAUCUUCUGAGUUUUAACUCAUCACAUACUACCUACCUUCGAAGUCUUAUCUUGGAAGAACCUUGCCCGAAGUGUGGAGUUAUGAUUUAUAAGAACGGUGGAUGUCCUCAUAUGGUUUGUGGGAGGUGCAAAUACGAAUUCUGUUGGAACUGCCUUGGCCCUUACUUUCAUUAUAAGCAUCAACUUUAACUAUUUUGUCCUUUCAGAUUUAUUGCUGUGUAGGGCGUUUUUGUAUUCCUAAUAUAUAUGUUGUCUGCUAAAAUCGCAUACAUGGAUUCCUUCUUAAUUUGGUUAUAUUGGAGAAUACACUAUAAAGUGGCAUGCUCUGCUUUAGUAGAUGUAUAGGAGUAUUAUUUCAAUGAAUUUACAGAAACAAUGAUAGUCUGCUUGGCCUAUCAAUUUUUUAUCUACGGGUCAGCAUUUUUGAUUUAUCUUGCUGUAAAACUUAUGCUUAACGCUUGGGAAAAUUACAAACUAAAUAGAGUCAAGAAAAUUGACAAUAUAAGGGCUGAAAAUACUCUAGUCAAGAGAAAAGCUGACUGA